AUGGUAGUCGAUGAAGUCACUUGGACAAUUAAAGUACAAUUUUACCGAGGCGUUUCUGACAUGCCGGCUCAGCAGUUACUCUACGGAGUUCCUAGAUGGAACGCAGAGUACGGUUGUUCUAAAUGCUACAUCCAAGGGCUUCGUGUGUGUAAUCAAAGAGUAUGGGUGCCUUCCAACCACGAAAAUGCGCUCUUGGAAGUGAUGAAUCGUAUGCCACAAAUGCAGAAGCCCGACAGUUUGGAAUGA